CCACUUCACAUUUUUUAGUUUCCUUGAACAAACUCUCUCUCUCUCUCAAAUCUUCUCUGGAAUUGUCGUCGAAUUCCAGCAAUCAGAUGGAGAACUUCAGGAGAAUUGAGAGCCCGAAGGAUUCAGCGACAUCGGAGUCAAGUGCGAUCGAGUCGAGCGAGCUUUCUCUGCAGGAAGAGACAGCAAGCAUGGAUCCCCCUAUGGCAGAAUCUCUCCCUACAGAAUGGACAAAUGAGAAGCAUAGUAUGUAUCUUAAAUUUAUGGAAGCAUCAUUUGUGGACCAGUUGUAUACUUCUACGGAUCUUCUUGGUAGGCACUCUGCAAAGGGGAAGUCAGAUCUGAAAUUGCCUCGCCAACGAUAUUCUGACAACCCUGCCUCUUCUGGCCAGUUUAAGGUUUUUCGCGGUGGCUGCUGGCAGAAGAUGAACUUUGAAAGACCUGAACCUCCACAAUCUGUACCAGAAGAGUCUCAUGGUUUUUUGGCAAGUCCAUGGAUCCGGCACUUUAGUCAAGUAUGCGAGCCUGAAGUUCUAGCAUCUCCCAAUAUCCUAGAAAGUAGUGCGUCAGAAAGACUAGCAGUCAACUUGAGUGGCGAGAAAGAAAUGCUCGGUGCAUCAGAUACUAAUUUACAGCAGCCUCAUGCGUGCCUCUACUCUCAUCCAUGUCAUAUUGAUCUGGUUGGCAGCGUUACAGAAGUGUCAGAUCAGAACUUUGUUGAUAAAGAUACCAGAGGUGAAAAGCAAAGGAGUAAGUGCAGUUCAAAACGGAUGAGAACUCCUAGUACCAAUACUUUGAGCAACGAUCAGGUUGUUCCGCAUACCCAACCUUCUGUAACAGAAGCUAGGACCAAGAAGUAUGUUUCUCAGGCUAAGCACAGAACUUCAACUGCCGAGGGAUGAUUUGCAAUGAGAACAAUGACAUUGUGGAACCCAAGCCAGAGAGGUUAGUUGGGUAGGGCUCUAAAUGUUAUUUUGGAUGACUUGUGCCUGGGUUCUUGGUUUGAGAGAGAAAUUUGGGAGAUUCUUGCUGGCAGAGUCUGUUUUCUGUAGCAACAGAAAGAACAGCUGCAACCUCAAUUGUUAAUGUGGCAGCUAGAAGUUGAAUCCUUGUUGCUUUAUAUAUAUAUAGUGGUUUUUCCUCGUCUUUGGUUGUAUUAUUAAUAGCAUGCUAAAGUAAUGAUGUAUCGACUUGAGGUUCAAUGUGUUGCUUGUGUAUACUGCAAUUGUAUUUCAGUAUUAUUAAUAGCAUGCUAAAGAAAUGAUGUAUUGGCUUGAGUCGAGGGAGGAGAUUCUGGAGGCGCACCGGUUGGCCGAGGAGAGGAUGAAGGGACAAGCUGAGGAUGAAUAUGAUGCAGACGACCUCACUCAAAUCAUUCGUCCGAGUGAAUAUAUUUGGUAAUAAUUUGUGUUCAAUUGCUAGCUUUUUGUUGUUUGGUAGGUUUGGUUCUAAAGUGUUCAUAACAUUUAGGUGCUCUAAUGUAUACUAAUUAAAUUUC